AUGGCGCAUCCGCGGAUCCAUUCGCCGCCGGGGAGCCGAAGACGGACGGUGGAUGCAGCGCGGAUCGAGAAUGCCAUGUGGCGUUCCUGGAAGGCGGACGGAAGUGGCGACCACUCCGGUGACCACUCGGCGAAGACCGAGAAGUUGGAACGUGUGCGCGGGUCCAUCGGCGACUCCAUCGACUUCAGUCAGAUCCGAUAUCCUCAGGAGACCCGCCGCUGUCGCUACGACGACCUGCCCACCUUCCCGGUGCGGCCCAACUUCGCGGGCUUCGAGAACGCGCUGCAGCCGGAUCCGUAUCAUCCCUCCAAUACGCCGAUUUAUCAAACCUCCACCUUUGUGCAGCCGUCCUCCAGCGAGUUCGGGCCCUAUGAUUACACCCGCAGUGGGAAUCCCACGCGAACGGCCUUGGAGAAGCAUGUGGCCAUGUUGGAGCAUGCAGCUGCAGCGUUUGCAUUCUCCUCUGGAAUGGCUGCCUUGCAUACCGUGACACGUUUGCUGAAGCAGGGUGAUGAAAUCUUGGUCAAUGAGGACAUCUAUGGUGGGAUGCAUCGUUUGCUGACCCAAGAUUGUGCGCACAACGGUGUUCAAGUCACCUUUGUGGAUACCACAAACUUGACGGCAGUUGCGAAGGCCAUCACUCCCAAGACCAAGAUCAUUCAUACUGAAAGCCCUUCCAAUCCACGCAUGAAGAUCUCAGACUUGCGCAAAUUGGCCACCUUGGCCCAUCAGCAUAAAGUCUUGCUCUCAGUGGAUAGCACGAUGAUGCCCCCCCGUGAUUUGCCAACCGCUGCUCUUGGGGGCUUGGUCUGCGUGCGCGAUCCCGAGCUGGCGCAUCGUGUGGCCUUCCUGCAGAACGCGGAGGGAACCGCCUUGGCACCCUUCGAGUGCUUCUUGUUCCUGCGCGGCAUCAAAACCAUGUGGCUCCGCGUGAACCGUGCGCAGGAGAACACCGUGCAGAUCGCCAAGGCUCUCGCGAAGCAUCCCAGGAUCAAGGAAGUCUUCUACCCAGGUCCCGGUGGCUGUAGCAGUGAAGCACUGCGCAUCCACAACUCUCAGAGCUCCGGUUGCGGUUGCAUCAUCAGCUUCACCACCGGCUCGGUCUCCUUCUCGCGCCGCUUCCUCGACGCCUCGAGGCUCUUUAAGACCACCGUGUCCUUUGGGUCGGUCAACAGCUUGGGCGAGAUGCCCUGCACCAUGAGCCACGCCUCCAUCCCGGCAGAGGAACGCACUCUGCCCGCCGACCUGGUGCGCCUCUCCGUGGGUAUCGAGGACGUCCGGGAUCUGCUGCAGGACUUGCAGCGUGCCUUGGAUUUCGCCAGCUCGCAGAAGCCGCCGCCGGAGCACGACGGAUACGACAGCCGCUUCGAAGAUCUACCCGUGGUGCCCAGACCUCCGGAUGAAGAGGAGAGGCCCCGGAAGUCCUUGAGCGAGUGGCUUCUCAGUGAGGUCCGUGUCCUUGCUGUUGGGAGUCCUCGUGAGCCGCGCGACUCCUCCGUCCUGGUUGCGUCGCUGACCGUCGGCGAAACGACCGGGGUGGCCAGCGCUCGGUGUCACAUCGAGGCAAUAGGCGAUAGGUCAAAGUCUGAGAAACAGCACCCCAGAGUCUUGAAGGAGGUGUUGGUGCUGACGAAGUACAAGCUCAGACCCAAAGCUCUCACAACAACCUACUUGUUCUGUGUCGCAACUACCUCCAUUUGGGCUGAGCACCCACACGCGCCCAGCCUUGGAGAGCCCUUGGUGACGCUCAAGAGCUCCGGUCUGCAAGGCGUUGUAAGUUGGCUGCACAGCGUGGUGAGGGGCUUUGCUAGCAACUUGGAGGCGGAGAAACAGCAAUGGGAGUCUCAAGCGCAGGAGCUCCGUGGCGAGACGCGCGACCUGCGCCGGCGCCUGGAGACCUUGGAGGUCCAUCCGUGGUGCGUGAACGUGAGGUCUGGCGACCUGGCAGAGCAGAUGCGUGCGCUGGAGCGCCGUGUUGACUUGUGGCGAGAAGAGCAGCUGUUACGUCGAGAGAUGGAGACCGGAGACGUCUCAAAGAGCGCAGCUGCGGCCCCUGUGGAUGCGAGCUACGUGGAAGCCAUGAAACAGGACUUGAGAGAAAGCUUUGAAAGUCUUCUCGAGGACAAGGUUCAGACGCUGCAGCUGUCCUUGCAACAACGUUUGGGCGACACCGGUGAGGAGCUCUCACAGCUCUUGCAGGUCCAUGCCGCCAGCAUGGGGGAACGACUUCGCAUCUGUGAGGAGCGGAUUGCUGCCUUAGCAUUUGGAGCGCUGCAGGCGCCUUCGGAAGCUGCGGAUUCCGAGCCCAAAGAGGAGCAGAGGCGCCCCGGCUCCACCGGUUCCGGCGCCAGCAACGCCGGCGGCGCCUCGUUGGAGAGCCGCGUGGCGCGGUUGGAGCGCAACGUGAAGGGCCUGGCGGCCUUCGCUUCCACGAGCGACGCGCAGCGCAUGGACGACUUGGCGAUGACGGUGAAGCAGGCGCAGCUGGAUUCCCGACGGUGUACGGAGCGGAUCCAACAGCUCGAGGCACACGCCCACCAAGCCAGCCAGCCUGACUCGCAGCUCUUACAGAUGAUCAAGGACUUAGAGCAGCGCAUCCGUGAGGAGAUGCAGGAGUUGAAGCAGGAAGUGGAAAACAAAAUCUCCUCGGAGGAGAAGAUGGAUCGAGGAAUCCUCGAAGAAGUUCAUCGCGAUCUUCUGAGCCCCGUCGCGCCAAGCUCCAAGAGUUUGGGGCUGGGUGGCUUCGACCUGGACUUCCCCGCGAAACCUCAGACGCCCUCCACAGCCGAAGUCGCCUCGUUGCACACCAAGAUGCAAGUCAUGGCAGAGCAGCAGGACGAUCGAGCCCUCCACUUGGACCAAGAGCUUAAGAAGCUCCAGCAACAGCUCUUCGAAGUUCAAGUGGGCACGGCCACCACAGCCACAGGUGGUGACUCUACUGCUGUCGGAGACAAUGGCAGCAAGGCGGCCUCCGCGCUGGCGGGCACCCUGGCGAAGCAUGAGGAGGAUGACGUGCUCGAGUGGCCGUGGAGUUUCUGGAGAUUGGAGGCUGGAAGGCGCCAAAGGCGUGUGGAUGGAGCCUGGCUGGCGCUACAUGCCCUGGGGGAGGUGCAGAGCUCCAGCGAGGAUGUCAGCCUCGUCCCACCGACGUUCUCCUUCCGUGCCAGCUUUGAUGCCACCUGGCGCACGGGAGCCUUCGGCCGGUUCUUGGCGGCCGAACCACUGCAGAUUGAGCUGCUGACGGCCAAGAGCUAUCAGCAGGUGGCCAGAUUUCAGCUUCGCCCCUGGGCCUGGUUGGAGCCUCCCUGCCGGGCACACGACGCCGCGCGCCGUGCAGUGGGGCUGCGUGGUGCACAUGGCCUUCUGGGCGUUGUACGGGUGGAGCAUCGUCUCACCUGCGGUGAGACGUGGAUGCGUCUCCGGCUGGAGGCGGGCGUGGCCGAGGAUCCCAGCUGGUUUGAUGCCGAAGGGGAGCGCCUCUUGCACUUGCCUGAGAAGGGCCAGAUCAUCCAUGUGCCGCACGAACCGAAGGACGACGCUGAGCACACGCUUCAAGCUUCGGUGGGGCAGGUGCGACCGAUUCUCGUCCGGCCAAGCCAGGACGAAGCUGGUCGACGGGUCGAGGCGGAUUCACCCGGCGAUGCGACGUCACUGACCUUAGCAUUGCAGAAAGCCGAGGAGGCGCAGCGCAGGGUCGCUUCCCUGCAGACGGAGGUGUCCCGCUUGGCGGAAGCCGUGGAAGCUCUGAGGGCAGAAGCAAAGCUCAGUGACCAGGACCGUGAGCAGCUACGAGUUCCCGAAGGCCUUGACAAAGAAACGCUCCAGGAUGUCCGCGAUGACUUGUUGGGCUUGGACACCAAGGAGGAGAAGCCAGAGAAUGAGGUCCCGGACGUGGCGGACGUGGCGGACGCGGCGGACGCCGAGCUGGUGAAGCCUCAGGCAUCUUCUGGCGAAAAGCCUGCGCUCGAAAAGCCUACAGAGCCAGCUGCGGUGCGGCGCCCAGCAAGGUGA